GCAACAUUCAUUCAUUCACGAGCACACGAUCUGAGCGCUUAGAACAGAGCGGCAGAGCAAGCGAGCACAAACAACAAAGCAAGCAAGAACCCCAAAGCAACCUCCAGCAGCAAAAGAGACAACACGCGAGUCAAGAACAACGACGACGUCGACAACAACAACACCAACAACAACGAAGCCGAAGACGAAGCCGAGAGCAACAGCGAAGACGACAACAAACGACAACGACGACGACGACACGAAGUAGCCAGAGACUUGAGCAAAAAGCUUAACACUUGGCUGCUGGAGCUUCAUUCUCGAGUUGCGGUUCAACGGCGCAACAACACGCAUUAUCAAAGCGAACAAAGCAGAAAUACAACAGUUUAACGAGCAAUUCGCGCCCAAGCAGUGCAACAAGCAGUCCAAGUGCGUGGGCGGCUUUUUAAAAAGAAAAAAGGAAAAAGAAAAACAAACAAAAAAUCAAAUUCGAUUUGCGAAACAUUCGAUAACACAGUUAUUUUUGUUAACUUCAAUUAACGCGAUAAACUAGAUUAUGCCUUCAGCCGCAUUCGUUUUCGAGCAUUUGAUUGCAGCACAAACGCGACUGGACGACGCAGCAGCCAAAACAGCCGCCAAAUUGUCAACGAAAUCGACAACAACAACAAUUCCAACACUAACAACGACAACUUUAGUUAAAGAAAAGAAAUUGCUGUCGGUUUUUAAGAAAAUUGUGCAAUAAAAACAAUCGUAAAACAUAAAAACAAAAACAAAUGCAAAAUAAACGUUAUUGUUAUUCUUAUUAAGAGAACACAAAUAGUUGCUAUAUACUACACACAUUUGUAUAUAGAUUUACGGCCCACAAGCAUUAACACAUUAACAACAACAACAACAACAACAACUUGUUGUGUGGCUAAGCAAGUCGUUACAUAAACCAGAACAACAGCAACAAAAACGUUAAUAUUGAAAAAAAAACAAAAACAAACAACUUUUAUCGCGUAUUUUCCGCUGUGGAAGUUUUUACAAUCGUAUUCAAUUUAUUUUUGUUUUUUUUGUUGAGAAAGUUAAUGCGUAAAAAUUGCUAGAAAGUGAAAACCGCAUAGAAGAAAGGAAAACAAGAAACCGCAACAUAAAAGUGCAACAAGUCGCAAGCAGUGCAAAACAAAACAAAACCAUACAAAAAAGCAAGCAGUCAAAAUGCUGUUCAACAAGUGCCUUGAGAAAUUGUCCAGUUCGCUGGGCAACGUUGUCAACAACAAACUGCAGGAGAAGCAGGUGUACAACAACAAGAACAACAACAACAACAACAGCAGCAGUAAUAUUAACAACAACAACAAUAACAGUAUUAAUGAGUACAACAAACAGCGCAAUUUCGAAUACGAGCGUGCGAUACAAGCGCAUUACGGCAACGGCGGAGGAGGUGGAGGAGGAGGAGGAGGACGAACGUCGAGGAGCAACAGUCACAGUUACAGUCGCAGUAACAGCUACACCCCGAGUCACAGUCAAAGUCACACAAAAUCAAAGCCCAGCAAAGGUCACAAGACAAAGGCAGCAAGAACAGCAGCAGCAGCAGCAACAGCUGCAACCGAUGAACGACAGUGCAAAAAUUGCAUGAGCAACGAUGAGCUGGCCAUGAUUAUCCGAGGCGUUGCCCACAACAACAACAACAACAACAACAAUCAGUCGAGAGUGCGACCUGUGUCAACGACAGCCUCAUCGAGCAGCUCCUCCACAGAGUCGCUGCAUCUGCCACUGACCUCGCCGCGAGGCAGCCAAAGCAGCAGCAACAGCUCUAACAGCAUCACAAUUGCCCCGCCCACCGCCACAUCCGCCUCUUAUCCCGUUACGCCCACAUCGUGGUCAGCAUCGCCGCCAAGCUUUGCGACAACGCACAACAGCUUUGGCGGCUCCAGCGACACACUGGCGCUCCUGGCGGCCAUGCGUGUGCAACUCCUUGGCUUCAAAUGGUUUCAUGGCAAUCUUUCUGGCAAGGAAGCUGAAAAAUUGAUAUUGGAGCGCGGCAGGAGUGGUUCGUUUCUUGUGCGUGAAUCUCAAAGUAAACCUGGUGAUUUUGUGCUUUCCGUGCGCACAGACGACAAAGUGACGCAUGUCAUGAUUCGAUGGCAGGAUAAGAAAUACGACGUUGGCGGUGGAGAUUCAUUUGCCACACUUUCCGAACUGAUUGCACACUACAAACGCAACCCGAUGGUGGAGACCUGUGGCACAGUGGUGCAUCUGCGUCAGCCCUUCAAUGCCACACGCAUCACAGCGGCCGGCAUCAAUGCUCGCGUCGAUCAGCUGGUCAAGGGUGGUUUCUGGGAGGAGUUCGAGUCGCUGCAGCAGGACAGUCGGGAUACUUUUUCGCGCCAGGAGGGCUACAAGGAUGAGAACCGCCUGAAGAAUCGCUACCGCAACAUAUUGCCCUAUGAUCACACGCGUGUGAAGCUGCAGGAUGUGGAGCGCAGUGCACCGGGAGCCGAGUACAUAAACGCCAACUAUAUACGCUUACCCACCGACGGCGAUCUGUACAACAUGAGCAGCUCCUCGGAGAGCCUCAACUCGGUGCAGUCGUGUGCCGCUUGCACCGCCGCGCAGACGCAACGCAACUGCCCCAACUGCCAGCAGCUGAACAAGACGUGCGUCCAAUGCGCCGUCAAAUCGGCAACGUUGCCCUACAGCAAUUGUGUGACCUGUGGCCGCAAGUCCGAUUCGCUGAGCAAGCAUAAACGCAGCGAAUCGCUGUCGACGUCGACGGCCUCGCUCAACGGUUGCCUUGCCAUGCUGCUGAAGAAGAACUGCGGCGAUGCCUCGCCCCCGCCCUCGGUGUUGUCGCAUGCCACAAGCAGCGGCGUCUCCGGUUCGCUGCUGAGCGUCGAGCGUGACAUGUUCAAGACGUACAUUGCCACCCAGGGCUGUUUGGCGAACACGAAAACGGACUUCUGGAACAUGAUUUGGCAGGAGAAUACGCGCGUCAUUGUGAUGACCACCAAGGAGAUUGAGCGCGGCAAGACCAAGUGCGAACGCUAUUGGCCCGACGAGGGACAGUGCAAGCAAUUUGGUCACGCCAAGGUGCAGUGCGUCAAGGAGAACUCCACCAAUGACUAUACGCUGCGCGAGUUUUUGUUCUCGUGGCGCGACAAACCCGAGCGCCGCAUCUAUCACUAUCAUUUCCAAGUGUGGCCCGAUCACGGUGUGCCCGCCGAUCCCGGCUGUGUGCUCAACUUCCUGCAGGAUGUCAACACCAAGCAGAGCAAUCUCACGCAUGCUGGCGAGAAACCCGGUCCUAUUUGUGUGCACUGCUCGGCGGGAAUUGGCCGCACGGGCACUUUUAUUGUCAUUGACAUGAUACUGGAUCAGAUCAUGCGAAAUGGCUUGGACACCGAAAUUGAUAUUCAGCGCACAAUUCAAAUGGUGCGCUCGCAGCGCUCGGGCAUGGUGCAAACGGAGGCGCAGUACAAGUUUGUCUAUUACGCCGUGCAGCAUUACAUCCAGACGCUGAUCGCACGCAAGCGGGCCGAGGAGCAGAGCAUACAGGUUGGACGCGAGUACACCAACAUCAAGUACACUGAUGAAAUUGGCAAUGAUUCACAAAGAUCUCCACUACCACCAGCAAUUUCUAAUCUAAGUCUAGUAGCAAGUAAGGCAACGGGAGCAGCAGCAGCAGGAGCAGGAGUAGGAGGAGGAGGUGCAGCAGUAGCAGCGGGCACAACAGGAGAUCCAUUGGCAGCGUUGAAUGCUGCAAAUGCGGCGAGCGGCAAACAUGUCUCGAAAUUGCAACCACCGUUGCCGCCGUUGGGCGCAAACAACAACAACAAUAGCGCAGCGAACAGCAGCAGCAGCAACAGCAACAAUCAUUGCAAUAACAUGAACGGCGGCAGCGGCAACAGCAAUGCCAAUGGCAACGGCAACAUUCUUGGCAGCAAUGGCGGCAACAGCAAUUUGCGCAAAUCAAAUUUUUAUAGCGAUUCGUUGGCCGCCUUCAAGCAACAGAAGCACAUUGAUCAGGCAGCCGCAGCAGCGGCGUCGCAGGCAACAACUGCAGCAGCAGCAACAUCAGCAACAGCACCUGCAACUGCAGCAGCAUCUGCAACAGCAGCCGCAGCAACAGCAGCAGCAGCAGCAGCCAAAUACAAAAACAUUCCCAAAGACAUGAACAGUUUGAGGCAGCCACAUAUUGCCGCAUAUGCUGCUGCGCCUGCGCUGCCGCCGCCACCGACGCCGCCGCGCAAAACAUGACAAAUGAAUUUCUAAAUCAUAAGCCAAACACAAACACACACACACACAUACACACUUACACUUACACAGAACAUAAGCAGAUCAUAUACAGUUGACUCACUCGCACUCGCACAGAAAUAGCUUAUAAGCAACAGCCCAACAGCAUCAAGCAACAGGAGCGAGCGUAAGAGCGAGAGCAACGUAUGUAUGUACAGGAAUGAUUGCUAAUGUUGUCGACAGCUGCAUUUGCACUUGAUGCACACACAGAAACACACUCUCCCACUCACUCACACACAUACGCACGCAAGCACUUUCUUACCUCCAAAACGAACUUGUAACAAAGUUAGCGCGCCAUUUUGAAAAGCCGAAACUUUUGUUUUCAAAACAAUUAUUUUUAAAUCGUCAACUGUUUGUAUGUAAUCACACCUAUUUUUAUUUUCUUUUAUAAAUAUUUUUACUAUUACUAUUAUUUUAUGUUCAAUUUUUUUUUUUUGUAAUUGUAUCAAUUUAUACCCGCCCUAUGCCCCCGUAGUUGUUAGCAUUGUAAAAGUUGAUGAACCAUCGGCUUAGGAGCAGCAAAUAUUGUUUUAGUGUUGUAAGUGUUGAAAAACGAAAUGAAAACAAAACAAAAGCGUUGAUUGUGAUUCAAAAGAAAAUGGCGUCAAACGGAACAGAAUGUUAAAAAAAAAAAACAAAACCCCAAGAACAGAAAAGAACGAAAUAGAACAGAACAGAACAGAAUAGAUCAGAACAGAACAGAACAGAAUAGCAUAAAAUAGUGUGUAACAGAAUAAUCGAACAGAUAAAACGUAGAACAGAACAGUUUAGCGGCAAGCGCAUAAGAAAUCAAUCAAUUCGCAGGCAAGGCAAACAAACACCAACCAACAACAAACAUCAAACAACAAAAACCACAAGCAUAAACAUUUAAACAAUGAAAAGAUAAAGAAUUAUAAAUUUUAUACACAUUUGCCUUGUCUUAACAGUUAAGCAUAAACAAUUAAUUUAAGCUGAUUAUGUGCAUAAGUUUCUUAUUGUUAACCUUUUAACUUGUAAUCCUCCCCGCGUCAAUGUCUCUUGUUUGUACUUUUUGUGUAUUUUUAUGAAAAAUUCGUAAUUUGUAAUUGAAUGCUGUUUCCAUUUUUUGUAUGUAAAACGUGUAACGUUCUUUAAUUUUUUAUAUAUAUAUAUAUGUAUGUAUGUGUAUGUAUAACGCGUAGCUAACUGUAUUCUGUAUAUUGUUUCUCUCUCAUUUUGAUUGAAUUAAUGUAUUUUGCUUUAAUUUUAUAUACGGACGUACGAAUAUAACUUAUCAAAUUUAUUGUGUUACAUUUUAAAUGAUAAACUCUCGAUGUAGGCAUUAUUAUUAUGAUUAUUAUUAUUAUUAAUUUUAUUAUUACAAUUAUAAUUAUUAUGCAUACAUAAUUAUACAUAUUACACUUACUUAUACAUGUGCUUUUUUUUUUGUAAUUUUACAUUGUCAUGUUUAUGAGUGAGACUGUGUGUGUGUGUGUAUGUGUGUCGUCUAGUUUUUCAUUUAUCGAAAUGUGAGCCAAUUUUUAUAUGCAAUAAACAAGCAAAACAAUUGUACCUUAAGGCGAAUGACAUAUGUAUGUGUGUGUCAACAAUUGACAUCCACACACAAGCGUGUACACACACACACACGCACGCACACACACACUCACAUGUACUCACACAGAGACACAUACAGAGCAAACAUUUUGAGUAAUCUUGAUUGAAGAAUACAACAAAAACAAACAAACAAACAAAACAAUUGUAAAUGAAAUUAAUUUUGUAAUUUUUAUUUUACGCUUUUCGUAAGUGCUUUAAAUUGUUAUUAAUUUUGCAAAAACGAAAGAAAAAAAACAACAAAACAAAACAAAACAAAAAAUAUGAAUGAAAAACACAAAUUAUAUUUGUAUUUAUACAUGAAAUAAAACAUUUUAUAUGCGAUCAUUUCAAAUGAACACAAAAAGCAAUAUUAGUUUUUGUUCAUUUCGCUUAUUACUAUUAUUUCUUUUCAUUUAAGAUUAUUCCUUUUUUUAGCUUUAGUUUUUUAUUUCGUAUUUGAAUAAAUGCAGCAUGCGUGGCCAAUGUUGCCACAUUGCAUUAAGAAAUAUCAAAAAGCGAAGCUGCCAAAUUUCACUAACCAAUAUUUUGCACAAAUAAAUGAAAGUUUUAACCAAUCAUCUAGCUCUAUGCUAGGCCUUACUAAGAAUCUUACACCCAACACUUCCACACAUACAUAUAUAUGUUUAUAUGUAUAUGUAUAACAGACCAACCAUACAUACAUACAUAUUGCAACUGGAACAAUGAGCAAAAAUGAUGAAUGAGAGCAAAACACCAAAAACUAUAAGCAAAUCAACAAAAUGGAUAUAGCAACGAUCUAACAACAACAAUAUAACAAUAAGCAUGAACGUGUUCAGUAACACCGAUAGAUUUUACAUUAUAAAUAGUUUAACUUUAUAUACAAAAAACGAAAACGAAACCAAAAAAUGCGAAAAUCUAAUUAUUAUAUUAUAUUGUAUUAAAUUAGAUUGCAUUGCAUUGCAUGCCUGAUCUCAAUUCGAUUACGCAUUGAGUUAUAUUUUGAUUAUUGCAUAAUAGAUAUUAUUUUGAAAUAAUUAGAUAUGUAUACAUGUAUAACUUGGCCUGACCUCUACGAUAUAUUUCAUAAGCAAUGUCCCCCUUUACAAUUAAACAACUUGAAGAUAAAUGAAGUGGAAACACACAAUUCGAAUGAUGCUCGUAUCCGACUAUAUUCAACUUAAAAACAUACGCACAUUCAUAGCGAAUACGAGUAUAUAACUGAUGCAGAUACAGAUACAGAUACAGAUACCGAUUCAGAUACAGAUUUAUUGUAAUUGUAAUGCUGAAGCCUGUCUUCAAGCUCGGAACUACCAAAGAGAGGAUGUUUGUUAAUGAAGUUUGUAGCUAUAGUGUUAGUUUUCAACUGCCCUGAUCCUCAAAAUCGAACAAAAAAAAACGCAACAACAUUUUUUAAAAAUGAAACCACUUAACACAUUGCAAGAAAAAUGAAUAAAUAACGAUAUGAUGCUACUUAGUGUACAGUUAACGAAUACUCUAUAUACAUUUACAUAUAUAUAUACACAUAAUUAUACCAUAAAUUAUUGAAAAUUGUGCAACUUGUUAAUAGGGCAAUCGCACGGCCUUUAUUCAAAUUGAGGGAAAAAAAAACUUAGAUAUAACGAAUAUAAUCAAUUAAUAUGGGAAUGGAUAUAGCAAACCAAAAUAGAGCAGGAUUAACUGGAUAAGCUGAUUUUUCAAAUUGAUUCAAACUGGAAUGAAAGUAAUGCCAAAGCACAAGCAAAUACAACAAACAAAUAUACAAACUUCGGCAAGCCGAAAAUGAAAUGCCUUAGCAGAGGGAAGACAUCUGAAGAAACCGCAAAGAAAAAAAAAAAAACUAGGAGAGUAUCUUCAAUGGAAGCAGACCGAAGGAAACACAUUUAUCUCUGCUAGGGUGUGAUAAGGAUGUCAGGUAAAACGAUGUCGAAUGAAGAAGGAAGAAGAACUCCAAGCAUCAAAUAAAUCAAAAACACCAAUUACCAAACGCUUAUACUAAUAACUAAUUAACAAAUUAAACAAUUUAAAGCCCGCACAUAGUUGUACUUAAAAACCAAAAAGGAUUCCGGGUCUUCAAAUAGUAUUUGAGAUUUAAACAAAAACGAAAACGCAAUGCAAAAAUGCUAAAUGCAAAACGCAACAAAACCAAACUCAGCAACUAAUUACGAUGAUACAAAUACCAAACACCAAGUAGGCAAAACGCUUUAUUAACUACUUAAUUAGACAUUUUACAAUUGUAAUUAAUAAUAACCAAUUCGUACAUAGAUCGAAAUACUUAAAUAAAAAAUGGUGAAAAACAAAAAAAAAAAAAAACUUAAUAAUGAAACAAACGAAAUGUUAUUAAGGGCCAAAGUCCGAAUGAGUAAAGGCAUACAUACAUACAUUAAUAUAUAUGAUCAAAUACAUACAUACGAUAUAUGCAAACAUACAUAUAUAGUAUUUAACAUAUAAAGAUAUAUAUACAGCAGAUUCCGGUUAUAGCGACUUUCAAGGGACCGACGAUUUUAACCGAAAAGAUCAAAACAAAUUUUUGUUUUUUUUUUUAUGGUUGCCAUGUUCGUAAUAGGGUUUUAAGAGAAAACAAAUUAAUUUUUAAAACAAAACAAAAAGAAUUUAUAAAUUUCAUUUAAUAUCAUCGUUUUUCCUGGAUGUUCCUUAGCAUAAGCUAAGGCGUCAGCUAAAACUAACAGAGAGUAGUGAGAAUAUAGGAACCUUCCUGUCACAAGCAAGAGUGCCGAUCACUGUUAAAUACAUACAUUUCAAACAGCGUCGAUUGAUGCUUACUUUUUUUGACAUUAUUUCGCUGAUUUUUUUUUUUUUCGUCGGUUGAAUUCUGAAAAAUUUCGUCGAUAUAAGCGGUUAGUCGCUAAAAGCGGAGACGUUCUAAGCGGAGGCCCUUUCAUAUAAGUUUGUAUGGGGAUCAACCAAGCCAUCGAGUUUUCGUCGUAAUAACCGGACGGACACUAUUAGCGGAGUCGUUAUACCCGGAUUCUACUGUAUAUACCAUAGUCAUAAUAUUUAGACGAGAGACGCGUUCGCGAUUUCCAAUUCCAUAAUUAAGAGCGCGUCUCUCGAUUAUUGCUAACAAAUUGAAUACAGAGCAGGGCAGAGCAGAGUCCUUGCUUCUCCAACUGUUAUAAGCCACAGCUAUGUAUGAAAAUCAUAUAAUUAUCUAUGAUACUAUACUAUUUACGUGGAACAUCAAGCGCACUAAACUAAAAUACAACGCAAGUAUUAACAAACAAACAACAUCAAAGCAACAAAAACCAAAUGAAGAAAUAAAUAUAAUUACGAGUAUGAUAAUUACAAAUCAAUUACUUUUGCAAAUAGCUCUUAUCGAAUAUUGAAUAUUCUAUAUCGAAUAUGAAAUUAUAUAUAUCUACAAAAAAAAAACGAAAACAAAACAAAAAAAAACAUUUAACUUUUGUAUAACUAUCAAAGUAUUGUUAUAACAUUGCUGAUUACAACUUGAACGAAUUAAGAAAAAAAAAAAACAAAUAACAACAAAAAACGCAAACCAGCCCACAACAGAAAGAAGAAAAUACGAUGAGGAUGUGAAGUAAAAAGAAGAAAACAGAAAAAAGAAACCAAUGAGUUAUUGUAGCUUUAAUGAAAACAUAUAUAUUAUAUAUAAAUAUGAACGUGACGGUAAAUCAAAUCGAUACACACACAAAUUAUAUUCGUUGUAAAUGUUAAAAUAUGUGUUAAAUUGCAAAUGGCAAAUGAAACAAUUCUCAACAAUAAAAUGAAGCGAAAGGUUCAUAAAAAAACCCAAAAACAACACGAAAACAUUGAAACAUACAUAACAAGCAUAGCUAAUAAAACAAACGAGAAACAAAUAACAAAUAUAUAUAUUAAAAAACCAAAAAAAAAAAAAAAAAAAA